CAACGUACUGUUGGAAAGAGUCAGUCACUUCCCUCGCAGCCAGAAGCAACCCAGGAAACCGUCUCAGCUUCUGACACUCUCCAAGACUGAAGAAGCCAUGAGCCGCGACAGCAACAGGAACUAAGGAGGCUGCAACACUAGGAAUAAGUUAAGUUGCAAGAGCGAUUACUUCAUCAUGCUGUUCAAAUGGCGUGACACACUUCCCUGACAGCACUGCCACCACGUGGUGCCUUUACCAACGCUACCAGGGAGAAUGUGGCUUCUUGCACAGACUGCUUUUUCUGUGCUCCAAGUGGUUUCUUUCAGGGAACUACGAAGCCACUGAUGGUUGACACCUGCCCUCAACACGAUGGAGAGCAGCCUGAAGAAUGUUCUGGUGGUUUCCUUUGGAUUCUUGCUUCUCUUUACUGCCUUUGGAGGGCUACAGAAUCUGCAGAGCAGCCUGUACAGAGAGGAAGGCCUGGGGGUGGCAGCGCUCAGCACCAUCUAUGGGGCGGUGCUCGUGUCCUCCAUGUUUCUCCCGUCAGUUCUCAUUAAGAAGUUGGGCUGCAAGUGGAGCAUCGUCAUCUCCAUGUGCUGCUACGUGGCCUUCUCCCUGGGCAACUUCUACGCCAGCUGGUACACUCUGAUCCCCACCUCCAUCAUGCUGGGCCUCGGAGCUGCCCCACUGUGGUCUGCUCAUUGCACGUACCUCACGAUCAUGGGAAACACACAUGCGGAGGAAGCAGGAAAAAUCGGCAAAAAUGUGGUGAACCAGUAUUUUGGCAUCUUCUUUCUCAUAUUCCAGUCAUCUGGUGUGUGGGGCAACCUGAUCUCGUCUCUGGUGUUUGGCCAAAAACCUACUCAAGGGGCCAUCCCAGAGGAGAAUCUCCUGUCCUGUGGGGCAAGCGACUGCCUGAUGGCCACAGCGUCCACCAACAGCACCCAAAGUCCCUCCCAGGAGUUGAUCUAUACCCUGCUGGGCAUCUACACAGGGAGUGGUGUGCUGGCAGUCCUGCUCGUAGCCACCUUUCUCCAACCCAUAAAGGAUGUCCAAGAGAAAAGCAAAGGAGAGGAAAAGUCGUCAUCUUUUUGGUCCACUUUGCUGUCAACUUUCAAGCUUCUCAGAGAUAAACGUCUGUGUCUCCUCAUUCUGCUGCCGGUGUACAGUGGGUUUCAGCAAGCCUUCCUCUCGGGUGACUACACGAGGUCGUACGUCACCUGCGCCCUGGGGAUCCAGUUUGUUGGCUACGUGAUGAUCUGCUUCUCGGCCACCAACGCGCUGUGCUCCGUGCUGUACGGGAGGAUCUCCCAGUACACGGGCAGAAUCGCUCUCUACAUGCUGGGCACGGGCAUCCACGUCUCCUGUGUCAUCGCCCUCUUGCUGUGGAAACCACACCCUCACCAGCUGGCCGUGUUCUUCGUGUUUUCUGGCCUUUGGGGCAUGGCCGACGCCGUCUGGCAGACACAAAACAAUGCCCUUUAUGGCGUUCUGUUUGAGAAGAACAAGGAGGCUGCCUUUGCCAAUUAUCGCCUUUGGGAAGCCGUGGGGUUCGUCAUUGCGUUUGGAUACAGCACGUUUUUGUGCAUCUAUGUCAAACUCUACAUUCUGCUGGGAGUCUUGAGUCUGACGAUGGUGGCGUAUGGAAUUGUUGAGUAUCUGGAGUCCAAGAACCUGGCCCAGCCACUGGCUAUGGAAGAGACAAAGCCAGCAGAGGAAGGAGAAAUACAGACAAAACUGUGAAAGCAACCCCCCAUGGGAGGUGAACUCAGAGCGCAUCAGCAAGAGAGCCUUGUUUGAAGGUGCCUCAGAGUUUGUGGUUGAUUAUUCACAACUAUUUCAGCAAUGGAUGGCCAUUCUGAAGACAGAAAAAGGUUUCAUUUUUUAAUGUAUUUUUUUAAUUCGAUCAAAUUUUCAGUCCACUAUCUCAUCAGUAGAGAUUAAGAGUAUCCGUGAAGGAAGCAGUUAAUUUCAGAUACAAAAGAAAAAAGUCCAGGGUCCAAUCAGCCAAUUGGAACUUGCUUAGGAUCACAGAAACAAUGACUUACACUUUUCUUUGUGGUUGUCAUGGUGGUUGUUUUUAAGAAUUGGAAGCCUGCUUAAAAUAAUGCAGCCCAACACCAUAAUUUUACAAAUGGGUAAACUGAUGUCCAGGCAGGUCAGCUGACUACCCCCCAGAGUCUGUAAGUGACAAAGCCAGACUAGGGUUCGUCACGUGUUAAAAUGUAGAGAAUGUGAGUUUCUAAAUAAAUGCAAUUAUAUUGUGGGCUCACCUCCUGUCCAAAUAGUUUCAUUCUAAAUACUCAUAUAGGUCCCACACACAAGUCACAAAUAAGUGAUCUAGCAUGUCGUAGACCACCGGAAGGCUUCAAAAGUAAUUUCAAAUAAGAUAUAACAUGUAAGACUAAUGAGAUGAUAGAACUGGACAUAGGGCGUACUUGUUGCGUGUUAUGUGCCCGUCUUGCCAUCAGUACCUACAUCCGACAGCGGGCUUUUCCAUUCCUUAUCUUCUUUGAAGGCUGGGAACGUGGCGAUGCGGUCCCCUGCCACCAUCGAGUGCUUCUUUUCUUUCUGUGACAUCCUGUGCCGUCUUAUUCUCUCCCCCAGAUUGUUUUUUCUCCUUUCCUCUCACUCCAAGAUGCCUCCUACCCCCCUUCCCUCCUCAGUCUCUGCUCUUCUCCCAGGCUUCUUUCUGCAUGUCCUGUGAGCGUGCCCCCACACGUCUUCCACACUUCCCUCUCAUCUGUGGACAGCCCCCCACCACAGUCUGCCCUCCUCCAAUCCUAAAGCAAACCCCUCCGUGGCCCCUCCUUUCCAACGAGGCGAGUUCUUUAGUCUGGCCCAGGGUCAUCCAGGGGGCCACCAUGCUCCCCUCAAGUUCCCUCUUCCCUCCUGACCUCCCCUCACACGCUUCCUCCACCUUGAAUGCCUUCCUGCCCCCCAACACCAAUUCUUCAAGCUUAAUGGAGCUUGAUGUCACCAGGGCAUAUGGGCUGUUCUCCUAGCCUAUGUAACAUACAUUUAUUAUAUUUAUUUUUCGGAUGAGCCUCUCCCCCUACUUGACCUUAAGCUUUCCAAUGUAUAGGCUGUAACACCAGCAGGCACUAAAUGAAUGUUUGUUGAGGGAAGAAAAUGUAUCAAGAAUUCAAAGAAUUGUUAACCCAUCUCGGCCUCUCUGCGAAACACCAGUCAAACCCUGGCCCCUUCAUUCACUCAUUCAUUCAUUCACUCACUCAGUGCUAGCUGGGCCCCCGUGAUGCUGGAGAUGGAGUGAUGAGCAAAGAUGGACACGGUCCUUUCUCCACACAGACAGUUGUCAGCCAAGUGAGGAGACGGAUGUUGAUCAAUUAAAUAUGAAAUUCCGCCUGCUGUGA